AUGGCAUAUGUUAAUGCUCACAAGCGCUUACAAGAAAGCCUCAGUGACAGUGAAGUUUCUCAGAAAAGAAUUAGACUACCUUGGUGUUCUUCACGAAAAGUUUGCGAAAGGAGGAAACCGAGGCGAGUUUCCACGAACAGGGAAAUACGUUCAACGUAUCCUGAACGGGGAAACAUCUGGAAAUACGAGUAUCUGUAUGAGAAUAACAAUGAGAAGUUGAAACGUACUAAAGUAAAGACUAGCAAACGUGAAUCGCUGGUGAGGUAUCGCUGUAAUACAGCUAUUGGAGUUGUUAUGGUGAUAUCUAUCUGCUUGGGAUUUUUGGUGUCUCUCUGGAUGCCUAAUGAGAUGCUGAAAGCGGACUUAAUUACUGGGGUUGUACCGAGAACGAAGUUCAUGACAUUACAUGGAUUGUGCUCAGCUACAGUAAAUGAAGAGUGUUGCAACAGACUAAAGUACUUAACCAAGGAACUGUCCAAAUCAGAAAAUUCGGUCAGGGCUUUGCAUCGAAUACGUUAUAAUUUAAUGUUGACGUCGAGAUCUAUUGAAGAAAUGCAUAUUGACAGUAGUUUAAACCAGAUUGAAGGGGCAACAGUAACAAAAGGCAGUAAAACUGAAGAAUGGGGGGGUAGGAUUGCUCUCUGGGGUGUAAUACCUCUAUGGCGAGCGUCGCCACCGCCAGGUACUAUACUGGCAUUACGAAAAGUAAUGCCAUCUGACUGUUGGCCAUUUAGUGGAUCUGAAGGCGAAGUAGAGAUACACUUAGCGCAUACACAAUGGGUUGAUCGUUUGAGCAUCGAGCACGUCCGGCCUGACAUCGCUCGAAGUGCACCAAAGCAUUUCGUUGUAUACGGUAUCCAACAUAACGAUACUUGGACUGUAAUGUUGCGCGACGAAUACAGGAGCAGUGGAGCAGCAAAACAAUUUUUCAAUGUCAAGAAAAAUGUACAAGUAAAAAGAGUAAUUUUCCAAGUUAAUAGUAAUCACGGAAAUCCAAAGUAUACCUGUAUUUAUAGAGUGCACUUGUACAGUUACAAAAGAUCUUAA